AUGGCACAGCGAGGGGGAACCAGGGAUAGCCUACCGCAUACAUUCAAGUACGAUCCUUAUGGUACCGAUCUGAAACAAUGGAAAAAUGUUUAUAUUACUCACAUUGUAAAUUCAAACGAAUAUCCUGGGGUCGGCCUCAAAGGGACGCUUUUCUUGACCGAACAUGAGACAAAGGUUCUGAUUCAUUGGGUUCCCGAUCCGGAUCAAGAUGAUUCUGUUCCGCCGGAUUUGAAAAAAGGUUAUGAGAUUGAUGUGCAGGACUUGAAACAGCUCAUGUGCCGCAGGUUACCUGGUUUCAGAUAUCGAGCCUUGUAUCUAUUUAUGAAAGAUACAAGUCGUUACGGGCCGUUCGAAUUUCGAACCGGUGGUGCGACAGAAUUUAUUGGCACCUUGGAUCACCUAACUGAACUCACAAGAUCUGACAAUGACAAGACAAUGUAUUACAUCAAACCCCGUACUGUGCCCACCUUUAACUCGGUUUAUCAGCUCCCUACAGGCUCUGGACAAACGAGACCACUGUUCAGUGCAUCUGCUGUUUCAGUUGGAGCUUCACUACGAAUGUUGGGCAAAAAAGUUUCGGGACCGAUGAACACAGUGCUAGAAACCAUUCUCACACCAUCAGGUGUGAUUACGGGCGAACCGGUGGGAGUAAACGGAACAGGUUAUGCGAAUCCCUAUCUGGGCCAGGUGCGUGGUACACCACAUGCAGAUCGCCUCCGAACAACCGACGACAAUGAUUUCGCAGUAGUUGAUGUGCGUCCUAGUCCUAUCAAACUCCCGGCACUCCCAGAAGUUCAUCGCAGUGACCCACUAAACUUCGAAAGAUGGAAACGACACUUGGAUCCUUAUGGACGCGUGACAUGCGUGGAGAAGCUCCGGAAAAUCAUAUUUGAAGGAGGCAUAGAACCUUCACUGCGGCCAAUCGUAUGGAAGUACUUGCUUGGUUACUACCUGUGGAAUAACACUGCAGAAGAGAAUGAGAAACUUCGAAAGGAGAAACAUGCUGAGUAUCAUACUGUCAAACGCUUUUGGAAGGAGAUGUCCAAUGAAAGACUUCUGCGAUUCAGUGUCUUUCGAGACCGAAAGUGUUAUAUCGACAAAGACGUCCCCAGAACUGAUCGGAAGACAGCCUUUUACCGUGAUGAUUCGAGCGGCAAUUUGACAAAACUGCACGACAUUCUGGUCACAUACAGUAUUUAUAAUAUGGACUUCGGAUAUUUUCAAGGAAUGAAUGAUCUCCUGGCGCUCAUUCUUUAUGUUAUUCAACAAGAGGAGGAUGCCUUCUGGUGUUUCGCUGGUUUGAUGGAGCGACUGGAAUCCAACUUUGACGGUAACCUGAAAGCUGUUCGAGAGCAGUUCACCCAACUAUUUGAACUCAUUGAAACGAUAUGGAGCGAAUACUUGACCAAGAACUUCCACAUAUUUUUCGCUGCCGCCGUUUUGCUGAUGCAACGCAAGGUUUUCAUGGACCGAAAUUAUGAUGCAAACAGUAUUUUAAAGCACGUAAACGAACUGUCGUUCAACAUCACUCUGGAGCCUGCGCUCAACUGUGCAACUGCUUACAUCCUUCAAUUAGAUCAGGUGAUCAACCUUUUGACUCCAGCCGUUCGUGCCAUUAUACAAGGUCCAUCAUUGUCCACAUCUGUACAUUGCGCACACCACAAGACUGGCAGCGCGUCUCUCCUUGAAGACACCUCACCAAAACUUGACUGUACUUGGGGACUAUUGAACGAGGAACUAGAAGAUCUGAUGGCUAGUGAUGUGCCUGAACCUACUUCCAGUGAACCGCCUCCCAGCUUAAUGAUUCCCAUCCCUCCCUGCACUUCUUCUAAACCGUUCCACUUGCCGAUAGACGAGCAACAGCCUUCUGCACCGAAUUCAUUUGUGUAAUUCCGUUAUAUUUUGGUCGUACUUUAUUACAUCUACGCCAGUCUUACGGUUAAUCACCGUGUUUAUCAUGAACACUGGCAAUUUUAACUGGCGUACUCUUUAUGGAGGUGUUUGCAUUAACUUUCCCUUCCUUGACCGAUUCACCGUUAUCUCUUUUCGUUUCUGUAAAAGUACUUCAUUUUCGCUCCACACAUAUUAUCUACUUGCUGUGAUCGUCGCCCUGACUAAGAACUCCUCUCAACCGGACCUCCUCGUAUGUGACCAUAUAGCGACAGCCUUCUUGUUUAUAUGUUUAUGAACUUAGUUCAACCUUUUUAUCCAUUUUAAUUCCCUGCUUUUGAUUGAAUAGUAAGGUUGUGCAAGAAAUAGGAUUUGGACGUGGUUUGGGAUACAAUACUUGCC